CACCAGUAUAUAUUUGAGUUUAAAUGGUCUCCACCAGGUUAUAUCGUGAGUAUUUUAUGGUCUUCAUAUAAUCUCACGAAAGCACGCGUUUAAUGAAGACAACGCAAAACUUAGAACACGAAGUAGUGCGUUAAAUUAGUGCGAGGUGAGGAGUAAUUCUGUCGAAAGCCCAGCAACAAGCACAAGUCUGACCGUCCUUAAGAAAUAAAAACGAUGACGCGAGAGUUGUUCCCCAACUCAGACCUGCAUUACAACUGGUGAACUUAUUUGCAUUAACAAUUUUUAUAGGAAAUAAAUAAUAAAAAAUAACCCAACAAAAAAUGUUGCUAACAGUGCAAAUAGUAUAUACAACUCAUUGUAAAUAUCAUCCCAAUAAUACUCCGAACAAUAAAUUUUAUUAAAACUUAUAAAUAAAUCGCCAUAUUAUACAUAUGUAUGUAUUUGUAUUUAAUGGUUAAAAAGUAGCCUUUAUUUUGAAGUCCCUAACUUUGCGAUAUCUCGAAAGUAAAUAGUGAUCAUUUCCAAGAAAUAAUAAUAAGAAAUACCUCAAUAAAAAACACAACAAAAUGCAAAUUACUUCUAUAACAAGAAAUCUUUAAAAGCAGAAUCUGUCGAUAAAUACAGGUAGAUCUCAUCUCAAGAAUUCGAAUUUUCUCAAUCAUGCCUGUGAUCCAUAUAUAAACAAUUUACUUUCGAUAAAAUUACAUCAUUUAGUUAAUUAUCACCGUUGCGUUUACACGUUCACAAAAAUGCCCAGAGGAAGAGAAUUUGACGAAUCUGAAAAGAAAUUCAUUUUGCAACUGCAUCACGAAGGUCGAUCCAAUAAAUGUAUUUCGAAAAUUGUUAAUCGAAAUCCCAGAGCAAUAAACUACAUUAUCAAACAUAUUCAAAAACGAAAAUCCAUUGAAAAUUUACCAAGAUCAGGACGUCCAAAGGUGCUGUCAAAAGAUGUAGAAAAAGAAAUUAUCAAUAAAAUUCGCGAAAAUCCACAACUAUCAGCACCAGAGAUUAAUAAGGAACUCCGGACACAUUUAAAUAUAAAUAUUUCCGAUGAAACUGUACGCAAGGUGUUAAGAAAGCAUGAUUGGCAGAGACGUAUUACGAAUCAAGCUAAAUCUAAAGUUCCUGAACCAAAGACUUAUCAUAUUAAAGAUAUAACCUAUUGGAAGAAUGUUGUCUUUGGCGAAUUUAAUAUUUUCGGCUUAAACGGCAGGCGUAUGACAGGGCUUAAGGAAGCUGAAGCUGAUAAUGUCAUGGUUUGGUGUUGUAUGUCGGCCCACGGAGUUGGACAUUUAAGAUUUUAUGAUGAAAUCAGAGACCAUCAGCUAUAUUCUGAAAUUUUAGCAGGAAGAUCGGAUGCUAGCUCAACAAAACUAGGAUUACAUCAUAGUGUUUUUCACAUUCAACGGCAUGAGGAGGCUAAACUCAACGCCUGGGAUGCAAAAAAUCUUAACAAACUAGACAAAAAUCCAGAUUUUAAUCCAUUAGAGAAUUUACUAUUAUAUUUGGAAUAUCAACUGAGAAAACAUCCUAUAGAAUGCAAAAGUAGCUUACAAAUGGCUUUGCUGGAAGAAUGGAACAAAAUUACGCCUGAAAUGUGCAGCAAGAUGGUAGAAUCAUACUUGGAAGCAGCGAUUGGAUGUUAAUUAUUCUUUAUUGUUUUUAUAGAAUUAUUUAAAAACUUGAUACGCGAAUUUGUGUACUUUUGCAAUUAAUUUUAAUUUAGUUUUAAGCUAUUUAUUUAUUUAAGAAAACGUAACUGUUUUAAGAAAUGUGAUAUGAGACUUUUAAAGUCUGUCUAAAUAGUAUAAUAAACAGCUUGUUUA